UUCAAAGACUUAGACCAAUAGUUUGUUUCCUACUUGUUUUAGCUAAGUAAUCUUUUGUCCCAACCAACAUGGGUGCUUCUUCAGCUCUUCUGUCACCAGCAGUUCUCAUGACCUUCCUUGUUGCUGUUGGCAGUCUCAUGGCCCAUCCUGAGGUUGUCACUGCAAAGCAUGCAGGCAGCACCAGGCACUACCACUUCGACAUAAAGCUGAAAAAUAUCACCCGCUUGUGCCGCACUAAGAGCAUUGUCGCAGUUAAUGGGAAGUUCCCUGGACCUCGUGUAAUUGCCAGGGAGGGUGAUCGCUUAGUCGUUAAAGUGGUUAACCAUGUUCCUAACAAUAUCAGCAUUCAUUGGCAUGGAGUUAGACAGCUUCGGAGUGGAUGGGCAGAUGGGCCUUCAUAUAUCACACAGUGUCCUAUUCAAACUGGCCAGUCUUACGUGUACAACUUUACCAUUUCUGGCCAAAGAGGAACUCUCUUCUGGCAUGCACACUUUUCAUGGCUUAGAGCAACUGUUUAUGGACCACUUAUCAUCCUCCCUAAGCGCAAUGAAUCUUACCCAUUUGUCAAACCCUACAAAGAAGUCCCGAUCUUGUUUGGAGAGUGGUUUAAUGCUGAUCCUGAGGCAGUUAUCAAUCAAUCUCUUCAGACAGGAGCUGGCCCGAAUGUUUCUGACGCCUACACCCUUAACGGGCUUCCUGGCCCAUUGUACAACUGUUCUUCCAAAGAUACAUAUAAGCUGAAGGUAAAGCCUGGAAAAACAUAUCUUCUGCGGCUAAUCAAUGCUGCACUCAAUGAUGAGCUAUUCUUCAGCAUUGCAAAUCACAGUUUCACUGUUGUGGAGGCUGAUGCAGUAUAUGUCAAGCCUUUUGUAACCAAUACAUUGGUGAUCGCACCUGGACAAACCACCAAUGUUCUCCUGAAAACCAAACCACAAGCUCCCAAUGCCACUUUCUUCAUGUUAGCCAGGCCAUAUUUCACUGGUAUGGGUACCUUUGACAAUACCACUGUAGCCGGUGUCCUUGAAUAUGAAACACCUUCAAGUUCCUCAUCUUCCAUUAGUUCGAAAAACCGUCCACUUCUUAAACCAGGCUUGCCUGCUAUCAAUGCUACAAAUUUUGUUGCCAAAAUUUCCAGCAAAUUCCGAAGUUUAGCCACUACCAGGUUCCCUGCCAACGUCCCCCAAAAAGUAGAUAAAAAGUUUUUCUUCACAGUUGGUCUAGGAAGCAGCCCCUGCCCCAAAAACCAAACCUGCCAGGGACCUAACGGCACAAAAUUUGCAGCGUCUAUGAGCAAUAUCUCUUUUGCUCUCCCAAGGACUGCACUUCUCCAAUCCUACUUCUUUGCCCAAUCUAAUAGGGGUUACACCACUGAUUUCCCAGCCUUCCCUCUUCAUCCAUUCAAUUACACUGGCACUCCACCUAACAACACGCUUGUAACUAACGGGACCAAAGUUGUGGUGAUACCAUUCAAUACAAGUGUGGAAGUAGUCCUGCAGGACACUAGUAUCCUGGGUGCUGAGAGUCAUCCUCUCCAUCUCCAUGGCUAUAACUUCUAUGUUGUUGGCCAGGGUUUUGGCAACUUUGAUCCUAACAAGGACCCUGCCAAGUUCAACCUAGUUGAUCCUGUUGAAAGGAACACUGUUGGUGUGCCCUCUGGAGGUUGGGUGGCAAUCCGGUUUCAAGCAGACAAUCCUGGCGUUUGGCUGAUGCACUGUCACUUUGAUGUUCAUUUGAGCUGGGGCUUAAGAAUGGCAUGGAUAGUCUCGGAUGGAGAGCUCCCUAACCAGAAGCUGCCUCCUCCACCAUCUGAUCUUCCCAAGUGUUGACCUUUGUCUCUCCCUGGGACUUGAAGCAUCAGCAUCGGCAUGCAUAACCUUAUUUUCUCUCUUUUUUUACUUUUUGUUCCUUUUAAUUCGUUUUUGGGGGGGUUUUCUUGUAAUUUAAAAUGGUUCUGUUGUGCGGUAAGGAGUAGCCUAUGCCAACGUAGGCAUUGAACUGCAGGCUCUUUCCUUGGUUACUCUGCCUGUCGCGGAGAAAUUCUUACUAAGAGUCCUUUACCAAGAAAAUGGUGAAGGAGGUUUUGUA